UCUCGCUCCCUCUCCAUCUCUCAUUAAUAUUAAAAAGAGAAAAACAAAUAUUAUUUUAUCGCUUAAUCUCCACUCUUGUCCUCUGCUUCUUCUCUCGCCGGAAAACCAACACUUGCCGGCGAAAGAGCUCGAAUCACCGGAACCCUAGCUUCUCCGCCCACUUCUCUCACCCAUACCCUACGACCCAAUCACUUUCUCUCUCUACAUGGCCUCAAUUCCAUCCGUUUUCUACACUCCAUCAAUCAAACCACACCACAACACUUCUAUACCAAAAUUUGUAUUCAUCAAUCCCACUACAAAUUCAAAUUCAAGUUCAAAUUCGAACUUCAACUCCAAUUUUCUCUCUAUCAUCCUCAACAGAAAGCCUCGUUUUCUCCCCAAGCUCUCGAGGUCCUCCAAUGGCGGCUCGUUAUCGGCAUUCGCGUGCACCACUUCGUCUCCGUUCAUCGGAAAAAUCGGAUUUCAGAGAAGAGAAGGUAACUCGACGUUGCUGUCCUUUGGUACAAACCCUAAUACUGUAUCGGAAGUAGCAGCGAGACCCGAUUCGUCGCAAAUUCUUUCGGCAAUGCUUCCCUUCGUCGUCGCUCUCACUGCCGUUGCUGCUCUUUCGCAGCCUACGACAUUCACUUGGGUAUCAAAAGAAAUGUAUGCCCCUGCUCUUGGAGGGAUCAUGCUAUCAAUUGGAAUUAAGCUCUCUAUUGAUGAUUUUGCUCUGGCGUUUAAAAGGCCUUUGCCACUAUCUCUUGGGUUUAUCGCCCAGUACAUGCUGAAACCGGUACUUGGGGUGUUGGUGGCACGGGCAUUUGGUAUGUCUCCGAUGUUCUAUGCUGGCUUCGUUCUCAUGUCUUGUGUUGCAGGGGCUCAGCUAUCAAGCUAUGCCAGCUUCUUGAGCAAAGGGGAUGUGGCCUUGAGCAUCCUCUUGACGAGCUCAACCACCAUUGCAUCGGUUCUUGUUACUCCUCUUUUAACAGGCCUUCUUAUUGGGUCUGUCGUUCCAGUUGAUGCAGUUGCUAUGUCCAAGUCAAUUUUGCAGGUUGUUCUUGUUCCAGUCACUCUUGGCCUUGUGCUCAAUACUUAUGCAAAACCUGUUGUGAAUGUUCUUCAACCUGUGAUGCCGUUUGUCGCGAUGGUUUGUACCUCACUAUGCAUAGGCAGCCCUCUUGCAAUUAAUCGCAGUCAAAUUCUUUCUGUGGAAGGUCUGCGAUUGGUUUCUCCCGUGUUGACAUUUCAUGCAGUGGCAUUUACCUUGGGAUACUGGAUCUCCAAACUUCCAAUUUUGGGGCUAGAAGAAGAAGUUUGCAGGACAAUUUCUUUAUGCACAGGAAUGCAAAGUUCAACUCUGGCAGGGCUUCUUGCGACACAAUUCCUUGGGAGCAGUCAAGCGGUUACCCCAGCCUGCUCAGUAGUUGCCAUGGCCAUCAUGGGCCUUUGUCUGGCGUCUUUCUGGGGCAGUGGUGCUCGAAUCAGAGACCUACCAUCUCUUCUCAUCCCACAAACCGGUUCUACUGUGAAGGCUUCAUAAAGCAACAUUUGGGGGUAAAUCUUGGAGGACACUGACCAAACCAAUUCAAUACAUAACAGAGUAAUAGAACGAGCAAUCAACGCAUACAGACACGAUGUUCGGUCUGCAGAUUACAAACAAUGGGAAAGAUGGCGAUCAUGCAUCUAUCUUGAGCAGGUCCGGUAAUGAGUCGUACACGCAGAGGGUGAGGAAGAGCCAAGGACGUAAAGCGGGAAAAGAUGGUUGUAUGGUUACAAUUUACAAAUACUUACAAUAGUUCAUUUGUAUCAUCUGCAACUAAUAGUUGUUUAUGUAUCAAGAGUUCUUUUGUAUAUUCUGCAACUAUACCUGUCUAUAUAAUAUAUAGCACUUUUGAGGUA